CGAAGCUCCCCACCCGAGCGGGCAGGACCCAUGGAGGGAGAGGACGAGCAGCAACAACAUAAAAUAGAAGAUCCUGCUACAACUGGGGAAAAAGAAGAAAUAAAACAUGAAAAAGAAUCUGAAAAGAACAUACAAAAUUCAAAAUCUUGUGCUAGGAGAGCACGUAUACAUUAUGCUAAGUUCAUUAACACAAAUGCGAGGACAAUCAAUGAACCAGUUCCCUACAUGGAUCCUAAAAUGGGUACAGAAAAGCAGGGUGAGUGGUUGUCACAUGGUAAAGGACUAGAACAUUCCUUUCAACCACGUUAUGACACUAAGAGUACUCAGAGGACUGACUUCCAGAAACCAUCAUGCCCGCUGGUCUUGCCAAUCAAAUACAGCAAAUUGCAAAAGCCUUCUUGUGGAAUCGUGCCACUUGCUUUACUGGAUGCAUCAGAACUUCAAAAGAAUUUUAUAGAACGUAUCUCCUUCACACAUCAAUAUGAUUCCAGGAAAACACCCAAUGAGCCUCUCUGGGGGAAGCGACAUGGAGCUUUCGUGCAGACAGAGAUCAAGGCAAGGAACAGAUCAACAGCUCCCAAGGGAACAGAAGGUUUACUGCCGGCUGCAGAGACAGGCUCAUCAGAACAGCUCCCUGAAACAGAAAGAAAACUGAGUGGAGAGCAAAAAACCGGAGAGCAAAAGCUCACAAGUCUCUGCUGACGUAAGUCCCAAGGCUCUUUGGAGACAAAAUCUCAUUUAUCAGAAGCAGACUUGAGAGGCAGCCAUGGUGGGGGAGAAGAUGGCUGA